AACCAUAAAUAGCCAAUCGUUUUUAAUAAUAUUAAGAUAUUUCGGAAUGUCAGCGACGUCCAUGAGCAAAGAAGAAGCCAAGAAAGAAUUAGCACUUGAAGCCCACGAGUACCAUGCCAAUCCUAUCCCAGGAAAGUACGAGAUAGCCCCUUCCAAGCCACUCGGCAGUCAGGAAGAUCUCAAGAUGGCUUACUUGCCAGGAAUCAAGCAUGUUGUAGAAGAAAUAAUUAGUGAUCCUUCUUCUGUUUACGAUUUCACAAAUAAAAAUAACACUGUAUGCGUCAUCACUAAUGGAACGGCUGUCCUUGGAUUAGGAGAUAUCGGCCCUCUCGCUUCCAAGCCAGUCAUGGAAGGUAAGGGAGUCCUCCUUAAAAAAUUCGGAAAUGUCAAUGGAGUCGACCUCGAAGUAAACACAAAAGAUCCUGAUGAGUUUAUCAACUGUGUGAAAUUGCUUGGACCAAGCUUUGGUGGGAUCAAUCUUGAAGACAUCAAAGGCCCAGAGUGCUUCUACAUUGAGAAAAGGCUGAAAGAAAUCAUGGAUAUCCCAGUAUUCCAUGAUGACCAGCAUGGUACAGCCAUCAUUACCUCAGCAGGAGUUAUCAAUGCUUGUCAUCUUACUAACAGAAAAUUAGAAGAUAUUAAGGUGGUCUUCAAUGGAGCUGGUGCAGCAGGAAUUGCAUGCCUCCAAAUGCUCCUUGACUGCGGUGUCAAGAACGAGAACGCCUUUCUCUGUGAUUCAAGAGGUGUUAUUUACAAGGGAAGAACCGAAGGUAUGAAUGAAUGGAAAGAAAAGUAUGCGAAUGAUACAGAGCUCAGAACCAUGGAAGAAGCCCUUGAGGGUGCAGAUGUGUUCGUUGGCGUAUCUAAAAAGGAUGCUCUCAAUCCAGAGUGGAUCAAGAAAAUGAAUGGAGGAUCAGGAGACAAUCCUGAUGUCGUACCUAUCAUUUUCGCCUUAGCUAAUCCAGAUCCAGAAAUCUUACCUGAGAAAGCAAAAGAAAUUUGCCCAAAUGUCAUUAUUGCCACAGGAAGGUCUGACUAUCCAAACCAAAUCAAUAAUGUGAUGUGCUUCCCUUACUUGUUCAGAGGUGUUCUUGAUGUAAGAGCUAGCACCAUUAGUGAGAACAUGAAGAUUGCUACUGCAUAUGCUUUAGCUGAACUUGCAAGAGAAGAAGUCCCAAAGGAAGUAGAAGAAUUAUAUGGUAGGGAACUCAAAUUUGGUCCUGAAUAUAUCAUCCCAACUCCUUUCGACCCAAGACUACUUGUUAGAAUUGCAAAUGCUGUUUCACAAGCUGCAAGAGAUGAAGGCAACUGUCAAUAGACUUUGAAAAAUUGGAAUGAAAGGAUUCAGUGUUUAAAAGAAAUGACCUUAAAUUCCUAGAGUCUCUAUUUCUCUAAAGAAAAUAAUAUCAAAACUG